GCCGGAUGUGCGGUGUGUCAGUGUGGCUAACUGGACGCCGUGCUCGGGGAGACACUCAUUCACUUCAGGUCAGGACUCCCAUUGGAGUAACCGGGGGGAAGCGGCCGGCGCUGUCGUCAAAACUCGCUGGAAAACAACGUGAAAUCACUCGGAUACGCUUCUGCAAAGCAGGACGGGGGGUUUCGAAUCCGCGCCGGACGCCAGAUAAGAGCAGUGCCGAUUUAUUUCGGCGGACUGAUUGAUCACGGGCUGUGUGUAUGUGUGUUUUCGUUGGGAAAGCCAAACACGCGCACACGCGCACGACACACACGACACACGACACACACACACACAGACACACACACACACUCUCUCACAGUCACAGGUUGCUAGCGGAGUUAACGCUAACCUAGCUAGCGAAGUUAGCUACCCGCGGUUAGCUGUGUUUUCCCUUUACCGGGACUAAAGGCAGCCGGGGCUGAAGUUAAAAAAAACAAACAACAAAAACCUGUCAGACAUUUUCCAGACAGUCUGCUCCGUGAAUCAGUCAUGAUGUGGUGUUUUUUCGGACGUUUAUCAAGUUGGCCGGCUGGUAGCAUCGGCUGACUGAAGCCCAGCGUUAGUGUGAGCCUCUCGGCUUCUCCGACCUGGAUUUUACUCCUGUGUGUUUUUCCUCGUUUUUCUCCUUUUCCACUGCUGGUUUUUGACGUCUUUUUAAAAAAAAAUUUUUUUAAAUUUGUUUUAAAGGUAGACUUUGCCCUCGGGGUGUUGUAACUCCCUCCCUCCCUCCCCCAUAUUAAAUAAAAAAGCCUCUAUUGAUUCUUCUGUUGGAGUAUUUCAAAACUUGGCUGGAUUUUUUUUUUUUUUUUUUUUUUUUUUGGGGGGGGGGACUAAAGUUUGCGUGUUGGGAAGUCGAGGAGGAUUUUUCCGAGCCAGUGGAAAAAUGGAUGCGGGUAUAGAGAAGGAAUGCGGCGCCUUGGGAGGGCUCUUCCAGCUCAUCAUGAACGACAUGAAGGCCAGUUAUCCUACAUGGGAGGACUUUGUAACCAAAGGAGCCAAGCUACAAUCACAGCUCAGGACUACCAUCGUGGUUACUGGAGCCUUCCUGGAUGCCUUUCAGAAGGUGGCUGACAUGGCGACCGGGACCAGAGGUGCCACGAAGGAGAUCGGCUCAGCGCUAACCAGGAUGUGUAUGAGACACCGCAGCAUCGAGUCCAAACUCAAACUGUUCACCACAGCUCUCUCAGAAAGUCUCAUCACUCCGCUGGAGUUGAAGAUGGAAGAGUGGAAAAAAGUGGCCAGUCAGCUGGACAAAGAUCAUGCCAAAGAGUAUAAGAAAGCCAGAGCUGAUAUCAAGAAGAAAUCCUCAGACACCAUCAAACUGCAGAAGAAGGUGAAGAAAGGGAAGGACGAGGCGCGGGGACAGCUGGACAGUGCACUGCAGGACGUCAACGUGCGCUACGCCGUCCUGGAGGAUACGGAGAAGCGAGCCGUGUGCAGGGCGCUGAUUGAAGAAAGAGCGCGCUACUGCAGCUUCGUCACCAUGCUGAAGCCUGUGCUGGACCAUGAGAUCAACAUGCUGGGUGAGGUGACCCACCUGCAGACCAUUCUAGAAGAUCUGAUGAAUCUGACAGCUGAGCCCAAUAAACUCCCACUAGCCAGCGAGCAGGUGAUUUCUGACCUGAAAGGCUCUGAUUUCAACUACACCUAUCAGACACCUCCAGCUUCUCCAAGUAACACUCUGUCCAGGAAGAGCAGCAUCAGCAGUAACUACCAGUCUGGAUCAGUGAGACAUGUUCCUUCUUUGGACUCCAUUAGUUGUGCAGUGGAUGGAGUACACAUCCAGGAUGCAGUUGGCUCCACCAAUCAGAUGGCUGCUGGGGGAAGUGGAGGGGCGGAGAACGGCCUGUUGGCCCCCCCACAGAUCGCCUAUACACACCAUGGAGAGAGAGCUCGAGCCAUGUCUGCGUCUGGGAAGUCUUGCUCAGCCCGGGAUCAGCUGGCUUUGACUCUGGGUGCGUUGAAUUCGGAUGCCUCGAGAAGCAGUAGGGACUCUCUGCACUGCUCCAGCGGCUACAGCACCCAGACCACCACCCCGUCCUGCUCUGAGGACACCAUACAUACACACACUGUAAAGAGAGAUCCUCCCCUCUAUGUUGAUUACGAGUCCGUCUCUCUCCACGGAGACGCAGACUCCAUCUCCUUACAUCACCUGUCCCACGGAAACAGCCAGUCCGACUUCGACAAGUCCUCGACCAUCCCGAGGAACUCUGACCUCGUAUUACAGUACAGGAACUUUGCUCGGUCCAAACGCCCCGCCUCCACCGUCAGCCUAUUGGCCGAGCCCGAAUUGAUUGGCGGGUCUGUCCGCCAGCCGCUGUCCCACACGGCGACCAUCAGGCGCAAACCGUCAUCCAAGCCGGCGUACCGCAGGGGAACGAUCAGCGGGGGGGUUCCCAUCCCCAUCUGCACCCCACAGGUCCCCCUUAAAGCCCUCGGAGGAAACGGCGGAAGUGAUGAGAAUGUUUUCACAGUGCCCCCUGCUGGGGGAGCAGCAGGUUUAGGUCACAGUAAACUCUGCACCUCCACGCAGAGCCUCAGCGCCUUACCCCCCUCCUCUUCCCCUUACUACCAGCUGGUCCCAGGUCAGAUGCCCAUCCCGGUGCCUGUACCCACCGUGCCCUCUGUACCCUCCUUGCCACCAGAGGGCAGCAAUGCCAAACAGCAACAGCAGAGACAGUACCAGCAGCUACAGCAGCACAACCAGCAGCAGCACUAUUAUCAACAGCAGCAACUACAGCAACAGUUUCAACAUCAGCAGUCCCUGCUUCAGCAAACCCAGCAGCUACAACAUCAACAGGAUCAGUAUCAGCAGCAAAACCAGCAUCAACAGCAGCUGUGCCAGCAGCAGAAACAGAACCUGUUCCAGCAGCAGCAUCAGGCCCAGCUUCAGCCCUCCACUGCCCAGGGAGAGCCCUCCUGGCUGGGCCACAGCACUCACUACCAGCCCCAGCCUCCCCCGCCCUCCAGCCAGGACCAGAACCAGGAGCAGCUGACCCAGGAAGUAGGAGGAGGAAACAUGCUGACCCUCAUCAGAGGAGUAAAGCUGAAAAGAACCAUUACCAACGAUCGCUCCGCCCCUCUCCUGCCCCCUCCAACCAAUCACAAAUGAGGCUGAACAACGGAUUGUUUUGUUUCCCUGUUGGUUAACUCUUUAGUUUAACGGGUUUGGCACCCAAAAGAGGCACCUGAGUGUGCCAGCACAGAGCAAAACCAAACACGUGGACUUUAUGAACACACCGAUUCAUCGCUGGAACUCAACGUGUGUCUUGUUUUUAUUUUCUAAAAGUUCUGCUUCGUCUUAGGCUGUUUAGAUUUGCGUUUUAAAAAUUUGAGACUAUGUUGUCAUUUCCUGUUGCUGCAGCGACCAUCUUUUGCCUUUUUUCUUGCAUUUUGCGUUUUGCAUUUUGAUUGUGCGUAACAUUGUUGUUUGACCCAGUCUUACCAAUAGAGCUGUUGAUUGUUUUAGUUAGUACUCACUUCCUGGUCAGAUGAUCAUUAUGUGGCUUUUUAAUCGGCCAGACAGGAAGCUGUUAGUGUCUCAGAUCUUCGUCAGUCCUGGGUGUAUUUGAUUUGCCUUUUGCCUAGAACUGCCAGGAGGGUGGGGUUUAGUAAUUAGUCAAACAGCUCCACUGUGUGUGGAGGUUUUAUUUUGUUGGCUGUGGGUCAGUGUCGGUCCAGAGUAUCCAAAUGGUGAGUGACAGUUCAGUCGUCACAGAUGGUUUAAGUUCGGUCCUGGUCAUCUCAGAGAGUCAAACACCGAACCUGACGCUCUUGACUCUGGAAUCAAACGUCAGUUGUGUCUGUAGACUGUAAAUAUGUUAGAACAAAAAAAAAAAGA